CAUCCCCCACACAAAAAAGUGGUGGGAAAAAAGUUCUUUUUGUACACACUGCGAUGAUGGCGAUGAUGAUGCCUGCAAUCUCCAACAGGAGCAGCAACAACGACAAUAACACUUCCUCUCUCUCUUUCUCUUCACUCACCUCUUUCCCUUCUCUCUUCUCUUCCCUCACCACCAUGGCUGAUUCUCUACUCUCUCUCACAUCUCAUGCAAUUACCCAUUAAUGGUAGAGAAGCAGCAAACCAGUUAUGGAUAAGAAGUGCGGGUGCUGGUCUGUGCUGAAACGCGGCGUUAGAGGUGCCUGCAAGUCCUCUUCUUCUAAAGACUCUGCCAACACUAUCCCUCGUACUAGUCUGGUUUAUGACGCAGCGACUGAAACACGAUAUCUAAAUGCUAGCAACAGAGAACUCUGUCCUCCCAAUGAAGCUCACCUAUCCUCAGAUAAUUCUGAGCGACCACCAUUGGAAAGUGAAGCUCCUCGCCAGCUCCUCCAAUUCACUUUUCAGGAACUGAAAGCUGCGACCGGAAAUUUCAGACCCGAUAGCAUUCUUGGAGAGGGUGGAUUUGGUUAUGUGUUCAAAGGAUGGAUUGAGGAAAAUGGGACAGCACCAGCGAAGCCCGGGUCCGGAGUUACAGUUGCAGUUAAAAGCUUGAAGCCGGAUGGUCUUCAGGGCCAUAGAGAAUGGGUGGCUGAGGUGGAUUUUCUUGGACAGCUUCACCAUCCUAAUCUUGUCAAACUUAUUGGGUACUGUAUUGAAGAUGAUCAACGGCUGCUUGUUUAUGAAUUUAUGACGCGUGGAAGUCUUGAAAACCAUCUUUUUAAAAGGACCAUACCUCUACCAUGGUCCAAUAGGAUUAAGAUUGCACUUGGCGCAGCGAAAGGACUUGCGUUCCUCCAUAAUGGUCCAGAACCAGUCAUAUAUAGAGACUUCAAGACAUCCAACAUAUUGCUUGAUUCGGAGUAUAAUGCAAAGCUUUCAGAUUUUGGUCUAGCAAAAGCUGGUCCUCAAGGAGAUAAAACGCAUGUUUCUACCAGGGUUGUUGGGACUUAUGGCUAUGCUGCUCCAGAGUAUGUAAUGACAGGACACUUGACAUCCAAAAGUGACGUUUACAGCUUUGGAGUUGUGUUACUUGAGAUUUUAACGGGCAGAAGAUCGAUGGACAAAAAACGCCCUAGUGGGCAACAAAACCUUGUUGCGUGGGCUCGGCAAUUUCUAGCUGACAAGCGAAAGCUUGACCUACUAGUGGAUCACCGCUUGGAACGACAGUACUCCAUUAAAGGGGUGCAGAAGGUCUCUCAAUUAGCCUACAACUGCCUUAGUAAGGACCCGAAAACCCGCCCCACAAUGGAUGAAGUUGUUAGGGUUCUGACUCCAUUGCAAGAUCUUAACGACCUUGCCAUUUUAUCUUGCCAUUCUCGUUUACCUCAACAAGGGAGACGCAAGAAGAAAGAUGGAACUCCACAGCUCACCUACAACCCAUCCAAGAGCAUCAGAGAUUCCCCACUGAAUACUGGCAGGCAGCAUUGUCGAUGAUGGGCAGUCACUUCUCCUUGAUUGGCUCAACUAUUUGAUAAAACAAAAGUUUGGAUGCCAAUUCUUUCCACUGGGAAAUUAUCAGAAGAAUAUAUUUCAAGCUUGUAUAAGUUUUGGGUGUUUGAAACUUGCCAGAGCAGCAGGGUCAACGGAAGAGGAAGGUACACCAGUUUCCUUUUCUUAAACCCUGACCUUAGAGAACUAACCAUCAAUUUAGAACAUUCCUCACGAUUUGCCUGUGUUGUAAUUGAGCUAUAUCUUGUAAUUAGAUAAAACCUCUCAUUUCGAUGAUUGUUAUUUGCAACUACCUGAUUUUUCCAACUGCUUUGAGUUGUGGAAAUUGCAUUUUUCUAUACAUUGUUAGCUAAGGUACUGUACUUUCAA